AUGCCCUUUAUGAGCAGCGACUUCUCGACUUUCCAGGACGCUCAGCUUCCGCGACAAGCUUACAUGCCAAUAAAUGCCACUUACGACAACAGCUCUUAUCCGGCUGCGUCUGAAGUGCAACAAGGUCAGGGCUCGACAGACAACGACUUAGCAGCUUGGCUGCCAGAUGCUACCGACACCAAGCAAGCUGACCUGAUGGAGAUACCACUGCCAUCGAGCAGCACAAAUGCCGUCCAGAGGACAACAACUAAAAGAGCUCCAGGAGGCGAGAUUACUCGACCCAAGGGUCGCAGAUUACCACACAACCUCAUUGAGCGACGAUACCGCGACAACCUCAAUCGCCAAAUUGAAGUGUUGCGCGAUGAGCUGCCGACGUUCAAAUCGAUCGUCGCAUACACAGCCGACAUUGAGGAUACUACAACGUCUCUCGGAGCUGUACUUGAGCAAGAGCGCGGGCAGGCCACCACACGCAACACGCUGCUGUGUGAGCAAGUGGAAGGUCUGCAAAAGCUAGUCCGGUGCGAUGAUUGCGCAAUCGUUAAGUAUCUGGAAGGGAUGCAACCGCGCAUGGUGACUGGUCAUUGA